AUGGUCUCUGAGCCUCAGUAUCUUGUAGAGUUGGAAUACUCUUCUCAACCAGAAAUUGAGAGACAUACUGAUGAAGUAGAAGUUGAGAUAGAGAGGGCUGAAAAGGAAGUUGAGGGAGAGGUUUGUGAAGUUGAGGUUCAGGCAGUGAGUGAAGCAGAGGUUCAAGCAGUUGGUGAAGUAGAGGUUGAGGGAGUGUGUCAUGUAGAGCCUAAGGUAGAGGCUAAAGUAGAAGUAGAAGCUGCGAUAGAAGUUGAAGUUGAGGCACUGACUGAUGUAGAUAAGGUGGUAGAAGAUGAGGUAGAAGUUGAAGUUGAGGCAGUGGCUGAUGUAGAAGAGGUGGUAGAAGAUGAGGUAGAAGUUCAUGUUGAGGCAGUUGCUGAUGUAGAUAAGGUGGUAGAAGGUGAGGUAGAAGUUGAAGUUGAGGUAGUGGCUGAUGUAGAGGGUGAUGUACAAGUUCAGGUAGAGGGAGUGGCUGAGGUAGAGGGUAAUGAUGUUGAGGGACAGGAGGAUGUCUUGAAUGACGAUGAAGAUGAAGUGGAAUGUGAUAUAUUUGAACCUAUUAACCAAGUAGAAAAUGGUGGACCUAGGGGUUUAUACAAAAGUGAUUGGGAAUCUGAGAGUUUGAAUAGCAUUGUUGAAAGUGACAACACAGAUGAUGAUAGAGAUGGUUACGGGGGUUUCGAGAAUUUUUCAAUGCCCAAAAGUAUGGAACAAUAUAAAUGGGAAGUGGGUACGUAUUUCCCUAACAAAAAAGAUUUUACAAAAGCUAUAAGAACGUAUGGAGUAGAGAAUGGAAGGAAAUUAAAAGUUUAUAAAAAUGACAAAAGAAGGGUGUGUGUGAGAUGUUCUAGUGCAAAAGGAAAAUGUUCAUGGUAUGCAUACUGUGCAUAUAAGGCAUCUGAAAAUACAUGGCAGCUAAGGAAGAUUAUAGACAAGCACACAUGCAGUAGGGAAUUUAACAUCCGAUUAAUGACUUCAAAAUGGUUGAGUGGGAGGUUAGAGAAGAGUAUAAAAGAGAAUCCAAAUAUUAAUCUAUAUAACCUCCAAAGCAAAGUUUCUAAGAAGUGGAACAUUGGUGUUCCUCGGUCUACAACAUGUAGGGCAAAAGGAAUGGCUUUUAAACAAAUAGAAGUUGAUUUUAAAGAACAAUAUAGAAGACUCUAUGACUAUGCAAACGAGUUGCUUCGGGCUAAUCCUAGUUCAACUAUCAAACUUAAGGUUGAACCUAACGAGGACAAUAGAAUUUUCAAGAGAAUGUAUGUGUGUUUGAAGGGCUGUAAGGACAGCUUCGUGUCUUGUAGGCCUAUUAUAGGUGUAGAUGGUUGUUUCUUAAAAGGAAAAUAUGGAGGUGAGUUGUUAACUGCGGUUGCAAGAGAUGGGAAUGAGCAAAUGUGUCCUUUGGCAUAUGCUGUUGUUGAGGUGGAGAACAAGGACAGUUGGCAGUGGUUUUUAGAAUUGCUUAUUGAUGAUCUUGGUGGUCAGGAGCUUUGUUCAACAAUCACAUAUAUUUCAGAUCAACAAAAAGGACUUGUGCCAACAUUACAAGAACUUCUACCUGGUGUGGAGAACAAAUUUUGUGUGCGCCACAUUUAUGCAAAUUUUAGGAAGAAAUUUCCUGGUCAUAUUCUAAGACGUCUAUUAUGUAAAGCAGCAUCAUCAACACACCCUCAAGCAGGGGAGACAGUGAUGAGAGAAAUUAAAGAUGUCAAUCCAGAUGCCUUUAAACACUUGCUAGCAAUUCCACCAAGGUUUACGGGUAAUGCUGUGUGUGACACAUUAGUCAAUAAUAUGUCAGAAGCUUUUAACAGUGUCAUAGUACAUGCAAGAGGCAAGCCCAUCAUCACAAUGAUGGAAGACAUUCGUAUCUACAUCAUGAAGAGAUGGGCAACAAAUAGACAGAAAAUAACAACAUUUGAAGGUUGUCUUUGCCCAAAGGUUAAAAAAAGAUUUGAAAAGGAAUUGCACAUGACGAAAUUUUGGAUACCUAGUUGGUCAGGAAUCCCAUGCUGUCAUGCAUUAGCUGCCAUGAAUGUUUUGAACAUCAAUGGAGAAGACUACGUCUCAAAUUGGUUUAGAAGGGCAACAUACCAAGAAACAUACAUUCCAAUGAUAUACCCUGUCAACGGUCAUCACCUAUGGGAAAUGACAUCUCAUCCUGAUGUUUUGCCUCCACCUAAAAGGGUGUUACCUGGACCAAGUCAGCAACCUGGAAGUCAACCAACUAUAAGACCAAGUCAGGAACAAGAAAGCCAGCCAACUAUUGGACCAAGUCAGCAACCACCAAGCCAGCCAACUACACCAGGACUUUAA